AUGAAUUAAAUGACCUGGACAAUAUUUCUAUAAGCGAUUUAAGUGACGUUGACCCAGAAACUAAUAAUAUUAUAAUAGGAGUUUGUGAUAAGAUAUCUAAACCUUGUGGUAGAAGAAAUGUUGGAAGUAAUUGGAAAAUUAAACUGAAAGGAGGACUUAUGAAGAUUGAUGGGAAGGAAAUGUUUUUUCAUGGUUUACAAGGAGAAUUGGAAUUUUAA